AUGCCAGGCCCCUGCCUGCUGGCCGCGCUCUGUGGCGCGCUCCUCUGCGUCCCCGGCCUCUUCGCAGCCUCGGGUGACUUCUGUGACUCCAGCCAGUGCCUAAAUGGUGGGACCUGCCUGGUGGGCCUGGACAGUGCCCCCUUCUACUGCCUCUGCCCUGAAGGCUUCACGGGCCCCACAUGCAACGAAACUGAGAAAGGUCCCUGUUUCCCAAACCCUUGCCACCACAAUGCCCAAUGCGAGGUGACUGAUGACUUGCACCGAGGGGAUGUCUUCGCCCAGUACAUCUGCAAGUGCCCUCGAGGUUACACAGGCAUCCACUGUGAGACCAGCUGCACCAUGCCGCUGGGCAUGGAGGGGGGUGCCAUCGCUGAUUCACAGAUCUCUGCUUCCUCGGUGUACUUGGCCUUCAUGGGUCUGCAGCGCUGGGCUCCGGAACUGGCCCGCCUGCACCGCACAGGCAUUGUGAAUGCCUGGACAGCCAGCAACUAUGACAGAAACCCCUGGAUCCAGGUGAACCUGCUGCGGAAGAUGCGGGUGACGGGCGUGGUGACACAGGGCGCCAGCCGUGCGGGCAGUGCUGAGUACCUGAGGACCUUCAAGGUGGCUUAUAGCCUCGAUGGGCGCAAGUUCCAGUUCAUCCAGGAUGCAGAGGGGCUUGGAGACAAGGUGUUUGUGGGUAAUGUGGACAACAAUAGCCUGAAGAUGAACCUGUUUGACUUCCCUCUGGAGACACAGUAUGUGAGACUGGUCCCUGUGGUCUGCCGCCGGGGCUGUACCCUCCGCUUCGAGCUCCUUGGCUGUGAGUUGAAUGGAUGCUCUGAACCCCUGGGCCUGAAGGACAACACCAUCCUCGAUAAGCAGAUCACAGCCUCCAGCAUCUUCAAGACCUGGGGCUUGAAUGCCUUCAGCUGGCAUCCCUCCUAUGCACGCCUGGACAUGCAGGGCAAGUUCAACGCCUGGACUGCUCAGAGCAACGAUGCCUCGGAGUGGCUGCAGAUUGACCUGGGUUCCCAGAAGCGGGUGACAGGCAUCAUCACCCAGGGGGCCCGUGACUUUGGCCACAUCCAAUAUGUGGCAGCGUACAAGGUGGCCUACAGUGACGAUGGCAAGAACUGGACUGAGUAUAAGGAGCGUGGGGCCGUGGACAGCAGGAUCUUCCCCGGCAACUCAGAUAACAACUCGCACAAGAAGAAUGUGUUUGAGACGCCUUUCAAGGCCCGCUUUGUCCGUGUGUUGCCCGUGGCCUGGCACAACCGCAUCACCCUGCGCAUGGAGCUUCUGGGCUGCGAGUUGUAA